AUGGCUGAAGACGCUAACGCCGCCUGGCCCAUUGCCGACGAGACUCUCACCCAGUCUCUCCUGGACCUCAUCCAGCAGGCCACCCACUACCGCCAGAUCAAGAAGGGCGCCAACGAGAGCACCAAGACUCUCAACCGCGGUACUAGCGAGUUGAUCGUUCUCGCGGCCGACACCACUCCUCUGCCCAUCAUUCUGCACCUGCCUCUCCUGUGCGAGGACAAGAACGUCCCCUACGUCUACGUCCCCAGUAAGAUGGCUCUCGGUCGUGCCACCGGUGUUUCCCGCGCCGUCAUCGCCUGCUCGAUCACCACCAACGAGGCCAGUGAUCUGACCGCUCAGAUCCGCAACAUCAAGAACCAGGUCGAGCGUCUGAUGAUCUAA